AUUGAUUUGUUUUAGAAUUUACCGGAUUCAGCUGUUUCGUUCCAAGAAAGAGGGAAUGGAAAAAGUCCCACUCGUAUCGAAUCCAGUGUAAACAGUGAAGUUUUUUUUUCACCAGGCACCCCUUCCCGUUGGGGGCAGCCAGUUCUGCUUGGUUUCUUUCCGGCGAACUUGUAACCUCACACUUUCACCCGUGGCCGUAAACAAUGCCGAAAAGGAACGCCUUUUUUUGGUUUAUGCUUGAGCACAAAAAGCGGCUCGAAGCGAAAGGGUACCGGUUUCGUGGCGUGAAGGAUGUGGUACCGCUUGCCGGGAAAAUUUGGGAGAAAAUGGAUGCAAAGGAACGGGAACGAUAUGCUGCGCGGGAGGUGGAAAAGAAACCGCAUCCGAAACCGGCCCACCGUUCCAGCACCGCCCGGCACCAAAGCCAACCGAUCAAGAAUAAAAACCCGCCCGACGAAUGCAAAGAAGGGGGACCACAGCUGAUGACGGAAAUGCUUACGAAACGUUUGUGGCAAGCUGAGAUGGAUUCGACGAUCGAAACCCUCGACUUUUAUCUCAUUUCGAUCGAGUACUUCUGCCGCACGGAUGACGGUGUUUACAUUCCGGCUGAGCUGGGCUUGGUUAAAUUUAGUCUCGAAAGCGGUGUACAGGAACGCCUACAUCUGCUAAUCAAUCCCGGCAAGCUGCCGUACGGUUGCGCACUGCAGGCCGAGCAGCACGGUGCAGACACCCAUUCGCUUCCGCUACCACCGUACGCACUCGGUGAGACGGAUCUUAACGGCGUGGCGGCAAGAUUGGCUUCCUUCCUGGAACCGGGCGGGGACGCGGACGGCAACCGGCUUCCGAUGCUGUUUACCGCUACGGAUGGUGUGCCCGUGGUGGAAAGUACGCUGCGACGGUUACUCCGCGAACGUAUCGGCAACCGGCCGCUGUAUGUCACCACCGUGCCACAGCUGUUCUAUCGGGUGAAGCUGGCCGUCGAACGGCAUAUGAUGAGUAUGACCCUGUUCCCGUCCCUGGUAGCGGCACAGCAAAUCAUCGACACCGACACGUUCGCCUUCACGUCCGGCAUUAGCUGCGAGUACCACGAAACGCACGACCUGCUGGAACGCUGUGCGCUGGCCCGGUGCAUCCGUUGGGCGUACACCAUCGCGGGAAACUGUUGCAAGGAGCUGGGCGUUGAUCUGCUGCCGGGAAAGCAUAAGCCGCUCGAUACGACCGUGGACACGCUAUCCGACUUGGUGGAUGCUACGGCUGAUGGCGGUACGGGUGAGGCAAAUGUUUCCGUUCCGAUGGACUCGAACCUGGAACGAUCUAACGAUGCGGUGGCGGAUGCAGAAGACGAACCUGGUUGCAGCAGCAGUAAAAGGCAACGGUGUGGCAACAGGCUCGACUAUUGCCAACUGUUGGAACAGCAAGGACAGGGCGAAGGUCCUGUUGGCGAGCCGAAAAAGCCGGAAACGUUCAAUGUGCGAGAAAUGUCGGGCCGGGGUCGCGGCUUGCUGCUGGACGAAUAUCCUCAUCUGGCCGUGAUGGGACGCGGACGUGGACGCGGAUUCGAUCUGCUGGUGCGAGGACGCGGCCAGAUCACACCAGUACGAGGUCGGGGUAGGUGAGCUGUUUUACACCGUGACACGAGAAUAGACAUCUAAGGACUAGCAAAUAUAUAUUCAACCAACCACAAGACUGCGAUAAAUAAAAUAAUCAACUUUAUGUGACGAGG